UGCACGCCCCGUACCAUCAGACCCUGUGGGCCUGCCCCGAACCCGAGUACGGGUACCACUAUUUCUUCGGGGACACCGCGGCGGCCUACGCGGGUGCAUACCCCACUGGCGCGACCUCCCCGGUCGGCUGGGGCCCCGGCAGCUUUGCGGGUCGCCCCUACCGCCGGGCGCAGAUUGUGGAAUUGCCGCCUACCAUGGAGGAAGAGGAGGAGGCGGAGCAUGACCAGGCAACGCCUGCAGAGGAGUCUGAGGCCCCUUGUGGGCCUGGCGUGCACGCCCCGUACCAUCAGACCCUGUGGGCCUGCCCCGAACCCGAGUACGGGUACCACUAUUUCUUCGGGGACACCGCGGCGGCCUACGCGGGUGCAUAUGCCACUGGCGUGUCCUCCGCGGUCGGCUGGGGUCCCGGCAGCUUUGCGGGUCGCCCCUACUGCCGGGCACAGAUUGUGGAAUUUUCCAAAUCGGAGGAUGAAGUGGAGGAGGCAGAGCAGGACCGUGUCGCGCCUGCCGCGGAAUACCAUGCCCAUUAUAGGUUUCAACAUUUGGAUGUGUGGUACCCAUCUGACUGUAUGCACCUCGGUUGGCCUGCGUUGGUCAUUCAUCUUUAUGCUGCCUUCGGCUUCCCUUUCCAUCGAUUCUGUUGUCCGGCACUUUGUUUAAAACAGCGUUGUCCCUGGCCACGCGCCGUGGAAUUGGAGAGCACACAGCUGGAGGCGGAGGAGGCUGACACCUCCAGCAGUGGGCAGCUGUGCACAUCAGAACACCGGGUCAAGGCCCAGUCUGUGUCACUUACCAUCAAAGGGCCUUUCUGGAUGGCAGCUCCACCAGCCAAGGACCGCCCUUCUCCUUAUGCCCAGGCUGGCGACCUCUCCCGGAAUUUUAUCCUGAGUGUGCCAUGGCCCUGGUUUGUUGGGAGUGUCCAGCAGUACCAGCUGGCAGUGAAACCCACCAUGGGAGACGAGACCAGAGGCCAAACUCGGGAUCUGACAAGAUGGCUGGACUGCCCCGCAGGAUCAUCAAGGAAACCCAGCGUUUGCCAACAGAACCAGUUCCUGGCGUUAAAGCAGAACCAGAUGAGAGCAAUGCCCACUAUUUUCAUAGGGUCAUUGCUGGCCCCCAGGAUUCCCCCUUUGAGUGGGGGACUUUUAAACUUGAACUAUUCCUUCCAGAAGAAUACUCGAUGGCAGCCCCUGAAAUACAUUUCAUGAACAAAAUUUAUCACCCUAAUGUAGAUAAGUUGGGGAGAAUAUGUUUAGAUAUUUUGAAAGAUAAGUGGUCCUCAGCACUAGAUACAGUUC